UAACUUCUUCAUGUCACCUCUGGCGCGGCGCUGUGUCCAUAACAAUAUAGUGGAAUUCGAUCACCUUGCUCACCAGCAGAACGUCGCUGUGAUGUACCUCAGUAGUAGUAACAAAGCUUGACUGACUAGCAGCAUCCGCAUCGGAAAUGGAGGAGGGGGAUAAGCCUGAAGCGGUUGCGCAAGCUUCGGCUCUGGGCCCUGAGGCUUCUCCAGCAGCACCAGCAGCGCCCUCUGCUGCUGCACCCGACCAGCAUCGCCGUGAGGCGCUGCGUAAAGCGGGCGCAGACUAUUUGGAGAAGGCGCUUGCCCAGUCGCGGCGGAAUCCCGCGGACCACUUCGCUCCUGUGGAUGCUCCUCUCGCGCCAUCUGCAAGCGUGCCUCGACCGUCGCCUACGGCGUCAUCUCGAGGGCGCAGGGGCAAACAGCCACAGGCUCUGGACCCGGAUGUCGCUGCAUUCGGCCAGGUUUUCGAGAGCACAAAGCUCUACGUGUACAUGGGGCUCUACCUCGCGUGUCAGGGAGCAAUCUACGUGCUCAUCAAGGGCUCGCUGACGACCAUGAAGACGCCGGGCCUGAUGUCGUUCCUGCACCUCUCCUCGGCCUCGUUGUCGUUCUGGCUGUCCAGCACCUACGACGUGUUUGACACGCGUGCGGUGCUGGAGGCGCCCCUGCGAUGCCUGCGUGGCAUCAGCGUGCGAGCCACGCUGUACGGGCUGCAGAUGCUGCUGCUGUACAGCUCGCUGCUUCACUCGUCCGUGUACAUGAUUCUGAGCUGGGCCGCGUCCGUACCGCUGCUCAUCGACGCCGGGCUUAGCCUGGUCACCGGCAAGCGCUCGCGGCUGCUGGCGCCGCACAUAGUGCCGCUCGUGGCGGCGGCAGCGGGCGCGACGGUGCUGGAGGUGGUGCUGGACGGCACUCUCAGCUGGCUGAGCCUGGUGAUGCUGCUGCUCUGGAGCGCCACCAAGGCGGCGGAGACGCUGUGGCGACUGCUCAAGGAGGACCCCUCGCUGGGGGGCAGGCUGCCGGGAGGAGACUUUGGCUCACUGGCGGGCGCGGUGCGGUCCGUGGCUGAGGCGGAGGAGGGCCUGAACGCGCCCGCGGUGGCGCUGCUGGUGAACGCGGUGCCGGCGCUGCCGGUGCUGGUGGCGGGAUUCAUCGGCCAGGAGGGGCGCGAGAUAGUGGACCACGAGCUGUCGGUGCCGGCGGUGAAGCUGAUGCUGCUGUCGUGUGUGGCGCACGUGGGCAUCACCUGGAGCCAGCUGCUGCUACACGACCGCCUCAGUGGCACGGCCAAGGCGGCGCUGCGCUGGGGCGCGCUGCUGGGGGCCGUGGCGUUUAACUUCGCGGAGAAGACGGCGGGCGCGACGCUGUGGACGGCGCUGUGCGCAGUGGUGGCGUUGGGCGCGUCCGCGGGCGCCUCACUGCAGCGGCACACGGGCUCGGAGGCGCGGCAGAUGCGGCCCUUCGACGGCCUGGCGGUGGGAGGCGGCGGCGGUGGCGGGGGCGGCGCCAUCGAUGACGAUGACGACAAGGACCCCGAGAGCGGGUGAUGGCUUUGUUGAUGGGGGUCGUAUGGGUGGUUGCGGUUGCAUCGGUGUGGCUUAGGUGGCCUAGGCGGGCGUGGUGUGAAAUGGGAUGCGCGUAGUGCUCGGUGAACUGAUGGCGUCACGCCGCGCGCGGGAUGGGUGAUGGGCAGGCCGCCGCAGGACGCGUGCGAGGGCGUCGUGUCGCCGGCACUGCGGUGGCAUGCGGUGUUGACACGUGCAAUGGUGCCGUCAGGCGGCACGGCUGAGGAGCGCCAACAGCGCCAGUCUGUUCACGAGUGAUUACCGGUAGAUGAGAUAUUGUGGUCCCUUGUAAAGUAGGCAUAACUACGAAGCUACGGUGCUAGCUAAUAUCUGUCGAAUCCAGGUGUUCCCUUGGUGUAUUUCGGCAGGCGCGAUUUGCCAUUGCCUGGAGGCUUUCAGACAAGCUUGCUUGCCAUCUACAGCAACCGCUGCUGUAUCACCGGGUGCAGCGGGGCACCCAGUGCUGGCAAACGCGGGCACCGGCCCCGCAGACCCCUGGCUGCGGCAAGUCUUGCUGGGUGUUCGUGGCAUGGCGCAUCUCCGGUGUCUGGCCAGGCCGCCAGGGUGCAGCAGGCGCUGGGUACACUCAGGGGCGUCUGUGCGGCGGCUGUUUGGAUGCGAAUGUGCCUUGCCGGCUGCACUGUGACCUGGUGUUUUACUCGGCGGCGGCGCAGGGCCUGGCGGCGGCGGCAGCGGCCCUGGGCCCAGUCGUGGCGGCGUGUUGGAGCGUAGUGGAGGGGCCAGGCAAGGCGACGUGGAGUUGUGUGAUGGGACAGGGUUUAGGCAGGUUGGCGAGGUCCCGUAGUGUGCAGCUGACGCCCAUACCCCAAGCAGACAGCAGACAGUUUGCAGCGGCAGAGCAGAAGUGCAUGGCUGGUCGAACGCCGGAGUUACUGUACCGACAAGUUGCUGGCUGGCUGGAAAUUUGCUGAUGCGCAUUCCUCACGCUCCGGGCGCCCGGCCAGGCGAUAGCCCACACAAACACACCGCAACGCCACACUCGCUCGCGAUGCAGAGCCGCAGCGCACCUGCAGGAAGAUGACCAGCGUCCACGGAUGAGCACCAGAGGCAACCUUGGCGGGCAAUCGAAUGCGAUUGCGAGACAAACACAACCGGAGUGUGAGGAAGCGCCGCGGGUUGGCAUUGGGAGUGUCGCGGCUGAAGUUCGGGAAGGCGACGUGGAGUUGAGCAGUAGAGCACGGUGCUGCCCAAGAAGCGGCGGCAGUGCGCAUGUUGAGGCCCGGCCGGUGUCUGGUGAGCGGUCUUUGCUGGCGAGCAUAGCAUGGCACGGUGUGUGGUAGACAACCCAAACAGCCACUGGUUGCCUGCUGUGCUUGUGCUUGACAGCGGGACGUGAGGAUGCCUGGCUGGCGGCAAGGCUGGCGGUGGCGAACGUCGGCGCGGUGCUGUGCGUGCGGAUAGGUGGGAGG